CUAUGAUAUGUGUGUAUGCUAUAUUUAAAACAUGUAGAAGUAUAUUUAUAAAAUGGGUGAGAAAUGGUCAUCUGUAACAUGUUAUUGCUUUUUUGGACUUAGUGAAUUAUUGCUAAUAUAUUCAAGUGAUUGCGCCUUUUCAAAAUAUGGCUAAUGAUCCAAAUGAUUUUUACGUUAAAGAAGAUUUUGAAGCAAAUUGGUUUCAAAAUCGAAAUGAAAAUGAUGGAAUAUUGAUAGAUGUUUUACCAAGUGACAACGAUGAUAAAAAAACUGAGGAAAAAAAUGAAAAUAAUAGUGGAGACUUAUCCCGAUAUCACUGUGUUUAUGACCGGUGCCCCCGCACUUAUAGUACAGUUGGGAAUUUGAGAACACAUAUGAAAACGCACACUGGCGAGCUAAAAUUCAAAUGCACAGAUGCUGAUUGUGGAAAAGCAUUUUUAACAUCUUAUAGUCUAAAAAUUCAUUUGCGAGUUCAUACAAAAGUUAAACCUUUUGAGUGCACCGAAAAUGGAUGUGAGAAAGCAUUUAAUACUUUAUAUAGGUUAAGAGCACAUCAAAGGAUACAUAAUGGAAACACAUUUGACUGCUCAAAUGAUAAAUGCCACAAAUGCUUUACAACAUUGAGUGAUCUCAAAAAACAUAUUCGAACGCAUACUCAAGAAAGGCCAUACAAAUGUGAAAUGACUGGCUGUGGUAAGGCGUUUACGGCAUCUCAUCACUUAAAGACACAUUCACGCACUCACUCUGGUGAACGGCCAUACAUCUGCAUACAAGACGACUGUAAGAAAGCCUUCACCACUUCACACAGUCUCAAGACACACACCAAGACGCACAGGAAUGAUCAACAAGAUGAAAAAGCAGAGUUGAAUUCAGGGCAAACACAUAUUGCCCAAGCAAAUAUUGAGAUUCGCUUGAAUACAGAGAAAUCAGACAAAUUACCUGAGGAUAAUGUUUAUGAAAUAUCGAGAAUUACUUUUAAUAAUGCAUUAUCCAGUGAAGACUUUGAUGUACUGAAUAAUUUUGCUGAAGCCGCUCAUGACAGAAGAUUUGCAGAAACACUUGAUAGCACAUUCAAUGUGCCUCAUUCAUAUGAAAACAACUCAAACAAUGAUGUUAUGGGUCUCGAUAGCCAAUUAUAUAACAGUGAUGAUUACGGUUACUCAACGCCAUCGGAGAACAUUGAAAACGCCUUUGUCAAUGAUUAUAAAUCGUUUGCAGAUACAGAAAAUGGAUACUCGAACACUUUGCAAGCAUUGGAAUUAUCAUUAGCAUCGGAAGAGGAACUUCCUGCUGCAGCGUCUUGGAUGGAUAUAUCUGAAUUGGCAACAAAAUUGACUGAGAUUCCCAUUAGCUUAUCACCCAGCAUGUUAAAUAUUGACACCAUCAGUAAUGAAGAUAAUAAAAUAGAUGAUAAUGUUCUUCACAAUCAAAAAAUAUUCAAUGAAUUUCCCAUAGGUUUACCAAAUGGGUUGGUUGUACCGAAAUGCACUGCAUCAUAUAUAGAUUUACAGAAUUGUAAUAAAAAUAAAGCACUUGUGGAAACAAAUACCACAGAAUCAGUAGCUGAAAAUGUUAUUUGUAAUAAUGACAGUUCGUUAUCAAUGACAUUGGAAGAUGCAUAUACUGGAGAGAGCAAAAGCAUUGACUUACAUAGCGCCUAUGAGAACCAACAGUCGAUAAUUGAUGAUAUACAAAAUAUUGAUGAUUUUACAAAUGUGGAUUAUGAUGAUAUGUUUAAUGAACUAUUUACUAACAGUUUAGAUAAUAAUCUGCACCAGAAACCAAAGCCGGUUCUUAAUAGCAAAAAAUGUAAAUGUAAUUGCGAUAAUACCUGUUGUGAAUCGAAAUCAAAUAAUAAUUUAUGUAAAGGUUUAGUCCAAACAUUUCAAGAUAUUACUCGUGAUAUAUGUAAAUGUAUUGACUGUAAAUGUGAUCCAUCUCAAGAAUGUUGGGAAAGUAUUAAGGAAUAUUAUUCAUCAGAGAUCAAUGAGAAUGAUGUAGCUUCAAAAGAUUAUAUCAAUGUCCAAAAGGAUGAAAAUUUCUGUAGAAACAAUGUAAACGAGUUUGAUAAUAAAUGUUGUGUUGUUAUUUGUUUGAAAAAUGUAGAAGGAUUAAAGGAAUUGUUGUUUAAUUGUUAAUUCAGCUUUAUUUGA